CUCCUCCACCUCUUCCGCGCCCCCGUGCCCGUCGAAUGGCGCAGAACCGGAACCUGAGGUAGACUACGACUGGGCCACCUUCGUCGCCGCCUACGCGCGUGGGCGGUGGGACCCCGCCAAGACGCCCGCGCCGCCCCGCGCCACGCCCCGCGUCUCGGACCCUCCCGCAACGUCCGGCCCUGGCUCGUCCGCCUCCGCGACCCACUCAGCCGCCAGCGCGCAGGUGCUCUCCCUCUCGCUCGCGUCCGCCUCCCGCAAGCCGCCGGCGCCGAAGAUGCAGCGCCAGCCGAGCUCGAGCGUGAGCUCGAUCGCGAGCGAAGAAGGCCCCGCAGACGGCCUGCGCGAGCGCGAGCUCCACGCGGCAGUCGCCGGCGUCGGAAACGCGGGGGACCGGACGGCGACGCGGAGCACGCCCGCGCUCACGCUCUCGAACGCCACGCCGGAUAUGGGCGGGAUGCUGCCCGCGCUGGAGAGCGCCGUCGCCGCGCAGCAGCGCUCGCUGGCCGAGGACCCGAUCAGCGCUUUGGGGAUGGACAGUCUCAGUCUCGCCGCGGGCCCUUCUGCUUCUGCUUCUGUGGCUUCGGUUUCGACGCCGGGUGCGGUGGGCAAGCCGCUCGGGCGGUCGAGCAGCGUGAGCGCGGUCACGCGCACGGGCGCGAUCAAGCGCGGCCCGGGGAAGCUCAAACUGCCGUCGUUUAGGAUGAACUACUCGCUCGACCCGCUCGCGAAGGCUAUGGGGUCCCCGGGGCAGACGGGAUCCCCCCGGGACGGGUAUCAUGCACACACCGGUCAUCCGCAGGGUUACUACGGGCACGGGAAGGAGGGCCCACCGACGUCGGCGGAUACGAUGACGAGCGCGGCGGCCAUUCGAUGGGCAGCGGCGAGGAUCUCGGUAGCGCCUUUAGUGUUACCCUCGCCCGAGCACGAGCUCACGGAUCCCAUGCGCGGCGUGACGACGAGCAUACCCGGCGCCCACCCGACGGGGCCCAAAACACCUGGCGAACAGCGGCUGAGCAGCAUUCCGAGCUUCUGGGUGGGUACGACGGACGUCGAGGAUGGAAACUGGGUGGACCAGCGCCGGCUGGAGACGAUCGAGGACAAUAGCCCGAUAUCCGUCGGCGCCGAGCGUUCCAGGACGGCGGGGUCCGCGGUAAAAGCCAAGGAAGGGCCGAGCGAGACGACGAAGAGCGUGCCGCCGCCCGCGACGGCGCCACUCCCGCGCAUGCCCGUCGACGAGGACGCCUCGCCCGACGACGACUACUUCGGGCCGUCGCCGCGCCGCGGCCCUUCGACGAGGCCCGAGCCUGCCUCGGACCCGGCAUCGCCGACGGCUGUGCGGACCGAGCUAUCCGGCCCGUCCUCGGCGGGCUCCGCGCCACCGCUCCGGCCGCUUGCGCCCGCCCGCCACGACUCGGAGCCGGCGCCGGAUGCGACGGUGGCCUCGGUCCCCGCCGUGCCGCGGCGCGUGGCGCUGACCCGACAGACGUCCUCGCCGCUGCCGUCGCUCGAGACCGUCCCGGCGGUCGUCAUACCGGGCAUCACGCCCGUGGUAGGGGCAGGCGGCGCCGGGGGGCGAGACGGGAGCAGGCGUGCGGUGAGGGAGAAGCAGAUGUUCGAGGCGCUGGGGUACUUGGUCCCGCCGAACGCGCCGGACGAGCUCGAGCGCCGAAGAGCGUUAUUCAAGUUCAACAUCUGGAACACCAGUCCGGACCCGAAUUUCGAUCGUAUUGUUCACCUCGCCAAGUUGGUGUUCAACACGAAGAUGGUCGGGAUCUCGCUCGUCGACGGCUCCGAGGAGUGGUUCAAGUCUAAAGCCGGCUUGCCCGUGUCGAGCUGGAACAGGAGCGAAUCGUUGUGCGCUCAUGCGAUAUUGCGGCGUGGGGAAGAACCGAUGGUGGUCCUUGAUACGACCAAGGACUGGAGAUUCGCAAAUAAUCCUAUGGUCAAAGAGGGGCCUGAGAUACGGUUCUACGCCGGAGCACCGUUGCGAACUCAAGAUGGGUACAAUAUUGGAUGCUUGUCGGUCUUCGACGAUAUGCCACGAGGAGAGUUCAGCCCUCGGCAGAGGCACGCGCUUCGCGAAUUUGCGGCUAUCGCCAUGCGAGAACUCGAGCUCUGGCGCGAUAAGAUCCAACUUCGUGUCCGAGACCGGAUUCAGACUUCCAUGGAACAGUUCACUCGCGAGUGCCUGGAGAUCGACAACGCGGCUGACGCUGAGGACAAGCAGACGUUCUUCAUCGGCACGUCCAUGGACAAGGUGUAUGCGCACGCGGCCAAGCUCGUCAAGCGCACGCUCGACGUCCAGGGUGCAAUAGUCCUUGACGUGGCGCACUCGGACGUGCUUGAGACCGUCAACGCGGAGGGCAGCGUCGGUGUCGUGCUCCACAAUGCGGAAUCGGGGGAUGGGGCGAAGACCGUACACCUCAGCCCGGAGGAGUACGGUACCCUGCAAGAGUUCUUCACGAAGUACCCACAGGGGCGGGUCAGCGAGGGAAUCGUCCCGCUUUGCUUGAGGGGCUUUUUGCCGACGCAUAUACAGUAUGCACUAACUGUGCCUAUACUCAACGUGGACAAGCGGCCGUUCGCGCUACUGUGCGCAUAUAUCGCGACGGAGCAAAAUCGACGAUAUCUGGAGGGUCAUGAGUUAUCUUACCUCCGAGCUAUUGGCGUGAUCAUCCUUUCGGCCGUGCUCAAGCGGAGAAUGAUUCUGGCGGAUCGAUCAAAGGGCUUAUUCAUCUCCAACAUAUCGCACGAACUGCGUACUCCGCUACACGGAAUCCUGGCCGCUGCAGAACUUCUUUCGGACUCGCCAUUGAAUCAGAGCCAAUUAUCGUUCUUAUCAACGAUCCAAGCUUGCGGAACGUCACUCGUGGAGACUGUCAAUCACGUCCUGGAUUUCACCAAGCUCAGCGGCAACACCAAGGCAGGUGGCGUUGAAAACGUGAUUCCACCGAGCAGAGUCAACUUGAUGCAGCUGGUGGAAGAAGCCGUAGAAGGCUGCUGGAUCGGGUACCGGGCCAGGAUAGACUCGGAGAUCGGUAGCGUCUAUGCUCCUCCCAAAGAUCAGGCGGGUUCGAGUGGAUAUGAAGCACCCGAGACCGUUGUGGAUAUCGACGAUCGCGAUGCUGGAUGGACUGUUAAAUGCGAGAAGGGAGGUAUCCGACGUGUGUUGAUGAACCUUUUCGGAAACAGCCUCAAAUUCACAAGCCGAGGAUAUGUGCAUGUCACCCUACGUGAACUGCCGCCCGAGCCGCGGGACCCACCGACGAAAGUCAGGAUGGAGCUCGGAGUGAUGGACACGGGCAAGGGUAUCAGCCAAAACUUUAUGAAGAACCAACUGUUUCAUCCUUUUUCCCAAGAGAACCCGCUGCAGACGGGCACCGGCCUGGGAUUGGCUAUUGUCAACAGCAUCGUCCAGUCAAAAACGCUCGACGGGACGAUCGAUGUGUCGAGCGUGGAGGGUGUCGGGACGGAGAUUCGUGUCACAUUCGCGGCAGAAUUGGUGGAAGACGACGAUGACAAAUCGACAUCGUCAGUCCCCCUGAGCCCGGUCGAACCGUUCAAUUUCGAGGGUCUCCCUGGGCCUCCGAGGGUUUCUCUAAUAGGUUUCGACCGAUCUCAUCGAGGCGUCGAGCUGUUGCGGCAGGUGACCUGCAAGUACCUCUCCUCGUGGGGCUUCAAUAUCGAUUCCGACGACCAGGGAAACGGGGACAUCGUGAUUGUAAACGACUCUAUUCAGCCUAUCGUCUUGGCGAUCGAACGCAAGGAUACCACUCGGUCUUAUAUCAUUCUAUGCUCGUCGCGUGGCGACACGUCCCUUAUGGGUACCAUCGACAUGUACGAACGUAUAGGCGGGUUCGCACGUUUGGUCUUCAAGCCCGGAGGACCGUCCCGCCUCCGGUCAGCAAUCAAGCUAUGUAUCCACGCUCAGAAGAUGAUUGCUCGCUCCCGAGAUUCUCCUGGGCUCGUUCCUUCGGCCUCCGCUCCCGCAUUCAAGCUUCUUGCCGACGAAGGCAAUACCAGCUAUCUCCCGAGACGGUACUCGGAAGAAACGUGGGCUGAGCGGCCCAAUCGCCCUCCAUUGGGACCGCGUGCUGUGACCGUGCACCCGCCGUUAUCCGAUCUCAAGGAAUCGUGGCUUGACGAUGACACAGCAACACCGAAGCCGACUGAACCUUCCAUGCCUCCAAGCCCCGAGCCACGUAUCCGAUCUGCCUCAUUUGGGGACGAAGGCAGCCCUACGCCCGGACGGGACGUCCCGCACUCAAUCAAUGGACACGAUCCCGCUAGCCCCACCACGGUGCCAAUCGCUGGCGGAGGUACGCUCCUGAAGUCCGCGAUUGGAGCCGCGCACGUCGCGAACUCUGUGCGAGUCUUGGUGGUUGAGGAUAACAGUAUCCUGCGUAGUCUUUUAGUCAAGUGGCUGAAGACCAAGGGAUACGAAUUUCGUGAAGGCGUCGACGGCAGCGAUGGUGUUCGCGUUUUCGAGUCCGAGGGACCGUUCGACGUCGUACUCGUCGACCUAUCCAUGCCGGUGUUGGAUGGUAUCGGAGCGACCGCAGCAAUACGCGAGCUAGAGCGGAAGAACGCUGAUAGACAUGCAGCUCGCAUACUUGCCCUGACCGGCAUGUCUUCGCUUGAGGACAAGAGGCGUGCUUUCGAGGCUGGAGUCGACGGAUACCUGGUGAAACCGGUCGGCUUCAAGACGUUGGACGAGGUGUUCACAAAACUGGGCAUCAAUGGACACCACGCCCGUACAUGACCCGCAUAUAUGAAUGUAUCAUCGCAUCUUUCUGUUUCGCGUGCGCGCAAGCCUCCAUCCGCCGUUGUAUUUAUAUCUCAUCUCUCAUCAAUCCGCACGCUUCAGCUGUAUGCGCACGUUACUGCAUCGAUUCAUGGGCUGCUGAUCUGUAUCCUCUAGUUUACACAUUCAAUAUACAGCAAACUAAUACACAUCGGUCCAGUCUUAAACGUCGACUGGCAACGAGACCCGAACGGCUACGCCGCCCGGUUUUUUUGGGGGAGUUCGCCACCCCCUGAUAGGUGGCGUAGUGGUAAAGAAGCGAGUGUGGGUGGGGGAAGGAAGGGGGAGGAUGUCCGACGCCUAUGCGGGGGAUCGCUCAGCCGACUCUUCGCGGUGUCUCCGGAGUAAACGGUCGAGCGCCUCCUUCUGGCCAACCUCGAGCUCGCCCGAUUGGAUGCCGGAGUGGUAUACGCGGAGAAGAGUGUCGACGUCGUCCAUCGACUGAGUGCGGACAUCCGCGAGCUCCUUGAUCUUGGCGGUGACGUCCUUGACCUCGUCAUCGGUGAGCUUGAGACCAAGCUGCUCGACACGAGACUUGACGGCGUUCCAGCCGGUAAGGCGGUGACCAAUCGAGACGUAUCUUGUGAGACCGAAGUCUUCAGGCUUGAGGAUCUCGUACGUGCUGGGGUUGUUGAGAAUCGCCUUGGCGUGGAUGCCAGCUUUGUGCGUGAACGCGCAGUAGCCGGUGACGGGGUUCGAAAACGGCACGUUCACCUCGACAGCCUCCGCAACCAAGUUCUCGAUCUCUCGGAGCAUGGGCAGGUUGUACUUGCCCUUGACGUAUUCCGGGUUGGCCGUGUACAAGCAGGAGACCAAGCCGCCGAGAGGGGUGAUACCGACACGUUCGCCAAUGCCGAGAACGGAGGUAUCUAUGUGAGUGGCACCGGCUUCGAGCGCGGUAUAUGCGUUGGCGAUCGCCAUGCCAGUGUCGUUAUGCAAGUGCACCUCAAUAUCGCACCUGACGACGCCGCGGAGCGUGCGGACGAGGUCGUACACCUGCCGCGGGUUCGCGCAACCGACAGUGUCCGCGAUGCCGACACGGUCGACGCCGAUCUUGUCAACGGUCUGGUAGAUGCUGAGGAGGUCGACGAGGUUGCUCCUGAACGAGUCCUCUGUCGAGAACCGUACUUCGAUCGGCUUGCCGUUCCGGCCCUUGCAGUUCUUCACGAAGUUGAUGACCUCGAUCGCGGUCUUGGUGAUGUACGCCAUGUCCUUUCCGUGGCUGAACUCGCGGAGGAAGGAGGAGGUGCCGAUGACGACGUCGACGCCGUCGACGCCGGUGUUGACCGCGAUCCGGGCGUCGUCCAUGUGGCACCGGAUGUGGGUGAGGAUCUUGGCCUUGAGCCCGAGGUUGCAGAUCGCCUCGCAGUCGGCGCGCGAUUGCUCGGACGCGGCGGGGGAGGUGAGCUCGAGGUAUUCGACGCCGAACGCAUCGAGGGCGCGCGCGAUCGCGAUCUUGGUCUUGGUGUCGAAGAAGGCGUUCGCAAACUGCUCCCCCUCUCGGAGAGUCGACUCGAUGAUCUUGAAGUUGCAGACGUUGUUCAGGAAAUCGGAUGCGCGGGGAGCGUAGGGGUUUAAUCGUUGCGCCUCUUGUGACCGUCCGUUCGCCGUGCCGUUCACGCCGUUUGCGUGGGCAGCACCGGCGCCGUUAACCACGCCGGAAGCCUUGACGGCGUCGGACAUGUCGAUGGCGACCAUCUCGGAGUUGCUGGGGACGGCGUCACCGUUGGCGUGAGGGCACAUUGCGGUAGUCGAGGAGGGACU